AUCAACUUGAACUUUGCAAUCAAACUCAAAUGUCUCUUCAAUGUGUAAAAAUGGGGUUGAUAUAUAAUCACAGAUCUUACAAAUGGUGGUGGGUUUAGGGUUUCUUUCUACCGUCUAACUGGGAAUUAACAACAGCUCACCCAAAAUAAAAGAAUGAAUGACAUUACAAGAAAUUCGCCUGCUAUGCUCCAACAUCCAAGGCAAAGUUUUGGGCAAAAAACAUUAUUUCUAAUCAUCGUUUAGCCAUAAAAAUAAUCAGAAGAAUCAUCAGAUCUAAAGCACGACUCGUGCUGCUGCACAUUACGUAACAAUAUGAUACACGAGGCGACUGAGAUGGUCUGCAAAGGAAGGAUGGAUAAAAUUUUGGAAAUUUGUUCUGUGGAUGUUGAUCUUUCUUUCCCUGUGUGCAUUCUUUAUACAAAAAGCAUUUUCCUCCAGCUCAAAGGUAUCCUGGAUAUGGUUGGUAAGAUUGCACGGGAGGCGGCAUACCUGAACCAUAGGGAUGGACCGGAGCCCCAUAAGCAUUGGCGAAAGGAUUUGCAGGCUGUUGGAAUUGUGGGGUGGUCAUCAUCAUCAUCUGUUGUUGCUGCUGCUGCCACAUGAGAGCCUGUUGUUGGUUGGCCAUUGCCGCCAUUUGCACGUUAUGAGAUGCAGCUACUCCGUUGGAAGCGAAGAAAGGAUCGUGUGGGGCUGCUUGCAUCACUGGACCGCUCAUUGGAGCAGCUUCCCAAGGGUUGUAGCUUGUGGGCUGACUGUUCCUUCUCAUUGCGUCGUCGUAUAGGCUGUCCAAUGUGAGUUUAUCUAGCCCUCCCCCCUUUAUGACAAUGGAAAGGAGUGAAAAGAAUCAGCAAGGGAAAAGGGUGUAGUUUAAAGGCCAAACCACAGAAAUACGGAUACCAAAUUCGAUGUGUCCUAAUCGUGUUCUAGCAAAAUGAAGAAGGGUGCUGACU